CUGGUAAUGACUUGAUGAACGAAAGGAUAAGUCUGUCAGAUAUACUGGAAGGAAAUUUGGUGCCACGAAGAUUCAAUGGUAGUUGGUUGAAAGAUGACCAAUUGGAAUAUCGGGAUAGAUAUGGACGACUUGUAAUAUAUUCCGUCAGGUCAAAAAACAUCAAAAUAAUUGUAGAGAAUAUGACAUUUGCGGAGUACGACAUACAGAAGUACAGUAUAUCUGCAGAUCAUAAUUAUGUCUUAUUACUGCAUGACAUUAUUAAGCUCUAUAGGUAUUCGUUCAAAGCAAAGUACAAGAUAUAUGACAUUAAAAAUAAGAGGAUAUUUCCUCUAUAUCCACAAGAAGAGCCAGAUGGUUACCUACAAUACGCUACGUGGGGUCCCACAGAGAAUCAAUUAGUGUACGUGUACGAAAAUAACGUGUACUACGUUCCAGAUGUAAAUGGAACACAUUACCAGCUAUCUACAUCUGGGGCAAAAGGAGUCAUUUCUAAUGGUGUACCUGACUGGUUGUAUGAAGAGGAAAUUCUGAAGAGUAACAGCGCCAUAUGGUGGGCUCCUGAUGGGACUCUUCUUUGCUAUGCAACAUUUAAUGACACUAAAGUUGGAACAUAUUAUUAUAACUGGUUUGGUAGCCAGAACGAAAACCAAAGUGUUCAUUCUGAAUUGCUGUCUUUACGAUAUCCUAAGGUAAGCUGCUUGAUUUUCAGUAAUCUUCUUUCAUGUCUGUUAGUUUUGUUACAGAAUGCAUUUCACAGUGCGGAGGUAGGCCGCAUUGAAGAGCAUUAUAUCCACAGUCAGGGUGUUAGGAAGGUGGCUGUUAGGUCCGUUUUGUCCGCUGCUGGAUCAGGACCUGGAGUUAUGGAUAAAGUAUACGAACAGAGGCCGCCGACCAGGAAAGGUUGGAUCGAUUUAAAUGACCCAAUCUUUUUCGGCCAAGGUGGAAGGUGUUGGUUCUUGAGACUUCCCCUGCCAGAAGGGCACUAUGGACACUAUAAGCAUGUCGCUAUUGCUUAUAAUGAUACAAAACAUGUGGAUUAUCUAACCCAGGGUCGUUAUGAUGUUGCGAGAGUCGUUGCGUAUCACGAAGGAACUAACACAGUAUUUUAUUUGACAACUAUUGAAAACCGUCCAGGAGAGCGUCACUUAUUUUCCGUUUCUGGAAAGAAAACUCGCUCCGUAACUUUCACCAAAUGCUUAACUUGUGAUGAAGCUUAUAAUUGCUUAUUCAAUAACGUCAUAUUCAGCCCAAAUGCUGAAUUUUAUAUUCUGGAGUGUCUAGGACCUGGUGUUCCGAGGAUAGAAAUCAGAUCUAUUUAUAACGACACAUUUGAUAUAUUGGAUGCAAAUGAUGAUAUAAGGGAAAUAAUCGGAAAGAAAACUUUACCUCAAGUACGAACAUUUCAAGUACCUUUAAAAGGAGAUUACAAAGCUCACGUUAAAUUACUUUUGCCACCUGGAUUUUCCGAUGAUGAAGUACUUCUCUAUCCCCUGGUUGUUUUUGCAGACGCAUCUCCAGGAUCACAGUUGGUGACGGAGGAAUUUCAAAUGCAUUGGGGUUUUUAUCUGGCUGGACGAAGAAAUCAUAUCUACGCGUGGAUAGACGGCAGAGGCAGUGCUUUUAAAGGAGACAAAAUGAUGCAUGAAGUAUACUAUCGCUUAGGCAGUAGAGAAGUUGAAGAUCAAAUUGAGGUUGUAAGGUAUCUACGAGAGAAUUUACCUUUCAUUCAUUCAUCUCAUAUAGCAAUAUGGGGCUGGUUUUACGGUGGAUAUGUAGCUGCAUCUGCUUUAGCUGAUGACAAUACAGUAUUCAAAUGCGCGGUAUCGAUAGCACCUGUCACUACAUGGCUAUAUUACGAUUCUACAUAUUCGGAACGCUACAUGGGUACACCUCAUCCAGGAAUAAACUACAUAGGCUAUGAAAAAGCUAGUCUCUUGAAAAAAGCUUCACAAUUUAAAGGCAAAAAGUUACUCUUAGUUCAUGGCACAGCAGAUGAUAAAGUUCAUCUACAGCAUUCGAUAAUGUUUAUGAAAGCUCUCAUCGAAGAAGGUGUUCUUUUCCAAUCACAGCUGUAUCCGGAUGAGGACCACUCAUUGUCCAACGUUCGGCGCCACCUCUACCGGACAAUGGAAGGUUUUUUGAAUGAAUGCUUCUACAUCCAACGAAAGGAUGAGUACGAGAACACGAGAGUGCAUAAAGACGUGAAAGGAAGAUAGUACUGAACGCACUACUGAAAUAUAGUGAUAACCUUAUUUUCAGAAUCUGUUUACAUUCAAUGGAAUCAUAUAUUGCAUCGAUAUGUGGAACUGCCAGUCUGAAUUGUUCUGUGGCGGAAAAUAUUUUCUCACACAUAUCUUGAUCUUUUUUCAUUAUUAUGAAACGUUUCUUGUCUGUCUCAUUGCGAACGAUGCCUAUAUAUCUCCGAGUGAUAUUAUAUAGGCCUUAUGUUUAAAUGCGUUUGAUGGCUAUCUUAAUUUUUAAGCGAUUAUUUUUAUUUAAGAACAAAUGUUGUUGUUAGGAAAUUGAGGUACGCUUUUGUAGUAAAGGAGCAAUUUCGGUACUAUUUAUUUUUAACACAGCAAUGUUAAUAUAAAAUAUAAAAAUAUCAGCUGCAUUGAAAUUUGAAGAAAACCUAGGGAAAGUAUGAAGUGAAAAUAACGCUGAUACAAGAAUAGUAGUUUAAUGCAAUUUAUUAUUUUUAUUAUCAAUUUUUUUUUUUAAUUUUACAAAUACAAAAUCACAGAUUCUAUUUUGCACAACAGUUCCAUUGCAAGUAAUGCAAUGGCCACACGUGCCGUAUUGAUGUAUGUUUUAAAAUAUUCAGCAUAAAACUGCUCAAUUUAAUUCUUAAAAAAUAUUUAAUCUCUUUCUUGUUUUCUGUAGUGAAUUACUGAUUUGACCAUUGCCAGUUAAGAUGCGUUAACUGACAUAAUUAAGAGGAGGAAAAGUCAAUCAUUUUGGUUCAAUUACAGCUUUCGUUUUGAGAUUUUUCCCUCUGUUGACUUUUAAAUUUCAAACCUUAGCUCAUCCAUGUGUUUUAAUAAAACAAGUGUUUGGACAUUUCUCUUUAAUGCAAUCAGCUCUUCUUUUGUCAUAACUAUAAGAUAUUUUCCCUUUAUAUUUAAUUUAAAUUGUUUCUUCCUUACUCUAUGAUACAUAAUUACAUUAAUAAACAAUUAAUGGAUUCUUAAUUAUGCUA